UAAUUCACAUGUCAUUCCCAUUGUCAUUAAUUUAAAGUUUGAACUUUUACUGCAUGAGGAUUUUUGUAUGAAAUUGGUUGUAGCUAAAUGUUGUUUUGUCUCUUGAUAGAAGAUGACAAAUGUGUUUGAGGAAUAUUGUUGCCACCUUUUCAUGCCAUCAAGCAAAGGUAGACACAUUUUAUUUUGAAAUAAGUACAAUGAAUAUAUGAUCUAAAGACAAAUCUUGGAUGCCUUUUGAUGGCAACUUGUAUAAUUUGUUUGAGGUGUCCACAUUAUUGAAGAAAUCAAACAUGACAGAUGCCUGUGAAGAGAUGGCAACACUAAGGAAACACUGCUAAUUAUUUAAAAACAUGUUCUUUUUGAGGUUGUAGUUUAUUUGUUGUCUUUCGUUGUGUUGAUGUUGCAAUCCCCAAGCACCAUUUAUGUGGAGGAGUUAUAGAGAACAGCACGUGGAUGGUUAGCCGACGUGUGAGCCAGAAAUAAUGUGUCUCCCCCGUUGCUUUGUGUAGAGUGAAGAUGGUGAGUCUCCUUUACCCUUCAGCGGCCUCAUUGACACUGCAAGGAGCCACUUAGAGCAGCACAGGGCAUUCUUCUCAAGACAGUUGUACUACAAGUCAAUGCUGGAUACCAAGAACAGAGUUUAUCAAAAUCUUAUGCGCACCACAAAUGGAGGAGAAAACCUAAAUGUUCAAGAACUUCAAGAUAAAAUUAAUGAACUGAAUAGCAGGUUUGCAAGAGUCACUUCAUCGUCACUCAACUGGGAGACUCGCAUGAGUGAGAGCAUCAGGUGUUGGCAGAGCUACAAGGAGUGUGAAGCAGAGGUUACAGAGUGGAUCACUUCUGCUGAAAAGCUCUUCCAGGAGAAAGCAAUUACCACCAAAAACUAUCUAGAAACUCAUAAAGACUUUUUCAUCAAUGCCCCAGAACACCUCCUUCUGAAGGUGGUAACUUCAGGUCAGGACUUGCAGAAGUAUGUGGCCGAGUCCGAGAAGGAAGCGAUUAAUGUAGCAAUCAGGAGCAUACAGAGCCGAUGGGACGAGGUCAUGUGUCAUGCUCCUCUCCAUCUUCUAAAGUUGGAGUUCCGUCUCGAUGAAAAUACAUUCCAUAUGUAUGUCCGGGACAUAGAGAAGGAGUUGAAUGGCGAACAGAAUGCAUAUAACAAAAAUGAAAAUGUGGAAGGCAUCAGGCGAAGACAUGAGGAGUUCUUUGCAGAAAAUUUGAUAACCCGCAUUGAAGAAUUGUUAGAUAACAUGGAUGUGUCAAGUCAAGAAUAUCUUAAAAAGAAAGAGGACAGAGGCCUGUUGGAAGACUGUCAGCGGUGCACGGUGCAGUGGCUGGACCUACAGACCCGCAUUGGCACCAUGGCCUCCCAGCUGGACCAGAUUCCUGAGCGCUGGAAGGAGUAUGAGAACAAGGUUGAAGAAACUGUAACAUGGAUGGACUGUGUGAAUGACUGCUUAAAGGAAGUAAAUAGAGAAACAUCAUAUGCUGAUGAAUAUGAAAAGAACAAGGAAAAAUUUGUGGAUAUUUGUGGAGACUUGGAGGCCCGGCGGGAGUCCAUGAAGUGGCUGGUGCAGAUGCUUGAUUCUCUAAUAACUCACAUCCCAGAGGAAGAUGGACAGUAUGAGCAACAGAAACUUGAGUCUUUGGUGGGCCGCUACAAGACCCUUGUUCCUACCAUUGAGAGUACUCUUGUUCGUACUGAAACAAACUCAAAGUGCUAUCGGUACAGAGAAGAUAUUACCAAAAUUGUUGCAUCACUUGACAGUAUCACAAAAAAGAAGGAGAAAAGCACUCAGCCAGAGAAUCUUGAGUCAGUGCUUCAGUGCAUUAAGGAACAGGAAGUAGUUGUGCACCAGCUAGAGAGUCAGAGGGAUAACAUAUUCUCAACAAUUCAAAGAGGGAAAGACCUGAUGAGGGACCAGAAUGUACCACUUUUUGUCAGUGCCAUGCUGCAAAUGCUGGAAACAAAGUGGAAUGAAGCUUAUAAUGGAUCUGUUGAAACACUCAAUAAAUUAAAAUCUACUCAGAAAGUCUGGUCCGAUUAUAGUGACCAAAAGAAUGAAAUUUUAAAACUAAUAUCACAGGCAGAAUCUGAACUCUCCAGCAUCAUCAGUCACAACAAUCCCCAACAAGUUGCUAAUGAACUUAGUAACAAGCAGGAGAUGAAUGACCACCUGAGUGAGACAACUGACCAAAUGUUAAGAAAAUUACACAGUCACUCUAAUAACCUUGCCAAACUUGCUAAUCCAGAAAGAAAACCUCUAUUAGAGAAAGAGGUCGUUGAAAUUGAGCAAAAAAUGCAAACAGUUAUUGAUACAGUUUCUCAAAAGAUUGAAUUUUUAGAACAGCUAAAUGUGAAAUGGGUUCACUUUACUGGCACAUUGCAAGAACUAAAAUCAUGGCUAACUAAUGCCCAGAAUACUUUAGAGCGCCUGGUGACUCUUGAAAUGUCUCCUGAGGACAGAGAUGCACAAACAAAUGAGCUGCAGGUUAGGAUUGAGGAGAAAAUGGCUGUUAUUAGAACUUUAGAGGAAGAAGCUGAAGAACUCCUAGAAGGAGAACCAUCUAACGAUGCACUCCAGUUCAGUGCUGAACUCAGUGAUCUGAAAAUGAAUACCAAUAUUUUGAGUAAGCACACAGAAAAGCAUGCAGAGACAGUUCACAGUGACUUAAAACACUGGGAGGAAUAUCAGGAGGAGGUCAAAGAAAUAAAGCCAUGGUUAGAAGUUGCUGAAGCAAAGGUUGCUGUUGGACUAAGCAAACCUAAUUCAAUGCAAGACGUAAUUCAGUCUUCUGAGUUGGCCAAAGAAUUUGAAAAAGAAUGUGAUGACUGCCUGGAAAAGCUGCGCUCUGUAUCCUCAAAGAGUGCUCAGGUGGCUCGCAUCUGUCCAGUUGUGGAUGAAAUUGAUGCUCUUCAUUCCCGAUGGGCAGCAAUCCAUGAUGUUGCCCUGCAGUGGAGUGAGAGAUCAGAGAGUCUGCUUGUUGAGUGGGAAGACUUUAAUUACAAAUGUGAUGCUGUUUCCUCCUGGAUCCACCAGGUAGAAGAACGGUUAGAGAAAGUUAAUGAAUAUGCUCCAACAGUGCUACGCCUAGAAGACCGAUUAAGUAUCCUCAAGGAUGUGGUGAAGGAAGUAGGUGAAAAACAAACAGAUAUUAUAAAUCUCACAUCAGUUGGGGACCACAUAUCUGCAAGUAUGGGGACUGAAGGGAGUUCCUCUGUUAAGUCCACAGUAAUGGAGCUGAAGAACAUGGUAACAAAACUAAGUAAUGAAAUGCAUAAACUGAAGAAUGAGUUGUCAGAUAUAACAAUUGUUCGUCAGGAAUUCAUUGCUAAAGUGGAAAGCCUGGAAUCAUGGCUCAAUAACUUCAGCAAUCAGUUAGAUGAACUUGAGGACAUAGACGUGGAUGAGCUGGAAGGCUGCCCUGAUAUGGUUCACCGUCUACAGCAAGAGCAUGAUGAAAAGCAAAAUGAGGUCACCUCCUUGGCAGAGGAGUGCCGGGAUGUUGGGGACCGGUGCACUGGGAGUGACCGAGAUGAACUCUUCACACAGUUUGAUGAUGCAGAAGCCCGGUUUGAGAGUUACGGAGAAUCAGUGACGUCCAAGAAACCAGCAAUCCUUAAAUGGAAGGACUUCUUAGAGUGGCAGAGCAAUACUGAAGAUGCAGUAAAAGCCAUUAGCCAGCAGCUUGAGACUAAGCCCAGCCUUGAUGACUUGAUUCAGAUCAAGAAAGAAUUAGGAAACCUUCAAGAACAGUGCCAGUCUUGGGACGACGAGUCAUCUGACAUAGUGGAUCUUUGUAGUAAAGCUUCUGUGACUGUAAGAGACCCAGACACUGGGUCUGUAAUAGAUAUACAGUGCAAAGUAAUGGACUUUAAGAGGAAAAUGGACCAACUUGAAAAUAAUCUGGAAAACAGACAAGAGCAAUUACAGGAAAUAAAUAGUUUGUGGGAAGCAUUCAAUAAUGCCCAAAACCAGUUAAGUGAGUUCCUGGAUGACAUAAAAGAUAGAGUUACAGAUGAAGACCUCAUUGAGAGCACAUAUGAAGGGGUUCAUUCUCUGCUAGAAACAGUUGAGGAAGCCCUUGAAGAAAUUCAGUCAGAAGUCAAAACAAAGGAGAGUUUGCAUGAGUUAGGACGCAACUUGAUGUCCAGCGACUCCGCUCAAUUAGUGUCUGUUCAGAAUGCACUAACAACAGCAGAUAGUCAAUGGGAUAGAGUGCAAAAUAUGCUCUAUGAAAUGCAGACAAAGUUUACUGGCAUCACUUCCCUGUGGAGGCAAUUCACAGAGGGGAAAGAGUGUUUGCAAGGGGCAGUCACGGAAGCACAACAGAAUAUUGAAACACUUGAAAGUAAACUUGUGAAUGCCAGUAGUGUACAAACAAUGAUUAAUCUCUGCAAAAAGACAACUGAUACACUUCGGAAAACCAGACCUCAACUGGAGAACUUCAUAACAAAAUCACAGCAUCUUUGUCAACAGUUGGAUAAUGAAGAAGGUUUUGACUCCAGUUCUGUAAAGCGACAAUCUCAGGGAAUUCAGAACAAGUGGCAGUGCACAAUGGACCUACUUAAUCAGAAGUCACAGAACUUAGAGGGGCAACUUAAUUUGUGGAAGCAGAUUAUACAAGGUCGUGAUGAACUUCUUACUUGGCUGACUGACACCUGUGAGGGUUUGGACUUGGAGGAAUAUCAGGAAGCAUACAAGAUGGAUGAAGUAGCAGAAAAAUUAGAGAAAUACAGAAGUGAAUUGCCUAAAUAUGAAGGUCUAUUUCGUACCCUUCAGGGUCGUGCAAAGCAGCUGGAGUCCUUGAAUUCUGGUACUUCUAUUGACAAAAUUGAAGAAAUCAUCAGUUCCAUAUCAUCUGAAUUUGAGCAGACUGAAUCAGUUGCUUCCAAACUAAGUUCAUUCCUUGAUGAAGUAAAGGAGCAGGAAUCCAGUAUUAAUGAUGACAUCAGAGAAAUCAAUGAAGUCUUAGCUCAUUAUCGUGAGCGACUGAUGAAAUGUGAAGACAUAACAGGUGAUGAUAAAAAGAUUGUAGCACGGCUAGAGGUUGCCAGAAAAAUUGAGGAUGAACUUGAGGAAUAUGAUGAAAAAAUCAAGGCAGUUGAGUCUGACAUUGAUGACUUCAAAGAAAAUUUCAAAGGUUGUGAGGCCAGCAAACUGGUAAAAGAAUAUUCAGCCCUUCAGAAGAAAUAUGAGGGAGUAGAAGCACAAGCAGAAAAAGCUUGCAAAAACCUUUACUUUGUUAUUGAGAAACAUUACACUGAUAGACUCAAGGCACUUCAAAGAUUUACUGAAGUUCAUAAAGAAAAAAUUACAUGGUGUCAAGGAGAACCCAGCAAUGAUAGAUAUGGUGUUGAGGCAAAAAUAGCUGCACUCUCAGACAUCAAAGGCAGCCUGAAGCUGGGUGCUGCAAAGAAAAAGGAGCUCAUUGCAAGCCAGCAGCUGUAUGAAUGCACUGUGGAUGAUGAGGAUGUUGAAGAAAUACAAAAUGAUUGUGAAGCUGUUUUUACAGAUUUAGAGGAACUAGAUAACAGUGUUGAUGAAUGCCAAGCUUCUCUGAAUCAAGCUUUGGCCCUCUGGCAGCAAUAUGAACUGAUGACAGAGAAUUUGAGUUCUUGGUUAAAAGAAGUUGAAGCACGAAUGCGCACAGAAACCAUGAACCAAAUUGAUAUCAGUAUGGUUCAAGAGAAAAUUGAAGAAACUGAAGCUCUUCUAGAAGAGGUAAAUAGCCAUGAUGAUGAAAUAUAUGAACUUAUGGAGAAAACAGAAGAACUUAUGGAAAUUAGCCCAGACUGUAGGGCAGGAGAGUGUGCCAGCCAGAUACAGACUAGAGUGCAAGCACUCCUUCAGUUUUGCAACACAUUCCUGGGUAAACUCAACCAAUUAACUAAAGACCAAAAACUGUAUGGGGACACUAUUGUCAAGAUGGAAGAAUGGCUGAAGGAUGCUGAAGAGAAACUGAAAGGAUUUGAACAGCUAACUCGUGGUGGAGGAAAACCAACUCUGGCUUACCAGUCCAAACUUCAAAGUCUGAAAUCUUUUGUUGAGGAAAAGAAAAAUGGCCAGCAGUUGUUGAAUGCUGUGGUGGAGCAUGGAGAAGCUCUGUUCUCAGCCAUCACACCGGAGGGCAGAGAAAAAAUACGCUCAGAUCUUAGAACGCUCAGAGACACAUGGGAGGCUCACUUGGAUAAAGUUAAUCAGCUGUAUAAACGUGUUGAAAGCAUAAUAAUGCAGUGGUCUUCAUUUGAUGAUAAUUUCAGCCAAGCAGCCAAGUGGUUAGAGGAAAUUCAGAAGCGAGCAGGAGCUAAGUUUGAAUUGAAACCAACUUUAUCUGACAAAAAAGCUCAACUACAACAGUACAAAGCCAUUUCUCAAGAUAUUAACUCCCAUGAAAGCAUGAUUCAUGGAUUGAAAGAAAAAAUUGAGUUUCUGACUGAUGACGAGACCUCGCAAACUGUGGAUGACAUGAUUGAGCAGUAUCAGGAAAUAGUAUCCGAAACUCAGAGAAGGAUUGGUCUCUACGAGGAAUACAUACAGCAACAAGAAACUUUCCUCCAUAACUUAGAAAAGUUCAGGGAUUGGCUCACUGCACAAAAAGCAGAACUGUCAAUGUGCUCUGAUGUUUCACCAGACAGCAGUGACGCACAGAUGAAAAUGAGUAUCUUCGAAUCACUUGAAGCAAAUAAAGAAGAAGGUCAGAACCUUAUAGACUUGUGUGAAGAGAGCUUGAAGUUAACUCUUAAGAGUACAGACCCAUCAGGGCAUGCAGCCAUCAAGGCAGAUCUGGAAACACAGAAAAGUUCCUGGGAGACUCUACAGGAAGAGACUGCAGAUGGCAAGCAAAAUCUUCUGGAAGUUGUAUCUCAGUAUACUCAAUGUGAAGAAAUGGUUCAGAGUUUGAAGAAUUGGUUGAAAAAUGUUGAAAUCAGAGUAAAAGAUCAAUCUCUCAAAAGCAAUCUGGAAGCCAAAGAAAACCAUCUUGAUCAUCUUCGAGAACUGGAACAAGAGAUCAUUGACAAGGGGCCAGAAAUCAAUAGUGCACUGGCUCAGGCUCAGAAUAUUGAUAGUGAAGGAAAGCAUGCUGUUCAGAUCUCACAAAUUUCUUCUCGCUACCAGGCAUUGAAAAAUGCACUAAAAGAAAUGAUAAGUCGCUACGAACAGUUCAUUCGUGAGCACAGGUCAUUUUUGGAGAAGUACGAGGAGUGCACAGACUGGGUGGAUGCCCUAGAUCAGGAUUUGAGAGAGCACGCUGAAGUAGUGGGAGACAUGAAGAUACUACAGAUGAGACGCAACAAAGUGGAGCAGCUUAUUGAACUCAAAUCAAGCCAGGGUAGCAAGGUUGAAGCUGUGCUUGAGCUUGGUGAACGCCUGUAUUCCACACUGCUCCUGAUGGCCGGGAGAGUCUUGCAGAGUCUCCGUGAGUUGAGGGAGAGGUGGGAGGCUUAG